CUGACUUCCUCCUGGAGGGCCGCACCUCUUGGCAGCGGCGCCGUCGUCUGUCCGUCUGUCCGUCUGUCCGUCUGUCCCCCAGGAUGAGGUACAGCGUGUGGUUGUUCGCCGCCGCGUGGGGCUCGCUGGUCGCUGCUGCGUGGCUGCUGCCCCAGCUGUGGCUUGUGAGGCUGCUGGUCGCCGCGGGCAGCCUGCUGCUGACGGGGGUCAUCGCGCACCUGCUGGCGGAGCUGGCCGCGGCGCUCUGCCCCCGGCCGCUGCUGCCCGACCUCCGCGGCAAGGCGGUGCUCGUCACAGGCUGCAGCAGCGGGAUCGGCCUGAGCCUGGCCAAGCGGCUGGACGCGCUGGGAGUGGCGGUGUUCGCCGGCCUCAGGAACCCGCGCUGCCCGGGCGCCGCGGAGCUCAGGCAGACCUGCAGCAGCAACCUGCGCGUGCUGCAGCUCGACGUCACCAGGCCGGACCACGUGCAGCAUGCCGUCGAGUUCGUCCGGGACAACAUCGGCCACCGAGAGUUCUGGGCGGUGGUCAACAACGCCGGCAUCACCAACGGCGCCCUGCUUGAGCUGACGCCCGCGGAAACCUUCCACGAGGUGUGGAACACGAACGCCCUGGGCGGCGUGCGCGUGACGCAGGCCUUCAUGCCUCUGCUCAGGCGCUCCAAGGGGAGAGUCGUGUUCGUCAACAGUGCUUUGGGCGUCAUGCCGUCGCCCGGAGUUCUGCCAUACACGAUGUCGAAGUUCGCGCUUCGGGGCUUCGGCGAUGCGCUGAGGAGAGAAGUGAGGAGAUGGGGGGUUUCUGUGCACAGCGUUUUCCCAUUUUUCUACAAAACGUCGCUGACGGACUACGACACAGCUUUGAAAAUGCUGGACAAUUUAUGGGAGCGUUCGUCGCAGGAAAUCAAAGAUGCGUAUGACGAGCGUUUUAUGGCCGGGAUAAAGAAAGCUAUGAAGAUAUGGUUGUUCGACAGGCCAAAAUCCAGCCUUGCGGAGCCAGUGGACGACAUUAUUGACGCUACAGUUGGAGCGACGCCCAACCUCUACUAUGUGACGGGGUGGAUGGGGAAGUUACAUUACGCCCUGGAGACACGCUUACCAAGGAGCGUAGCAGAUGUUAUAGCUUCAUAUGUUACAGGGUUUUCAUAAAUAUGUCAAAUAAAAAUAAUGUUGAUUUAAAUCAGUUAUUUGUAUGUUUUUUUUUAAAUUUUUAAACAUCAGGUAUGCAUUUUAUAUUAUAUGUCGAAAUUGUAU